AUGAAUGCUUUCUAUCAGGCAUCCGGCAGACAGAAAUUUGAUUGUGACUUCAAAAGCUCCGCCCUCAUUGCUUUGACUGAUCCAAGUUCUUCUAGUUGCACUUACCCUGGGGCUGAAGCAGAUGUGGACACAUCGAAUACUUGGUGUGUGGCAAAACCUACAGCAAACGACAAUAUAUUGCAAUCCAACAUUGAUUUUGCUUGCCAAAAGACGAACUGUGACCCAAUUAAAGAAGGUGGUCUCUGCUUCAACCCUAAUACCCUCAUGCACCAUGCCUCGUAUGCUAUGAAUAGUUACUACCAACUUUCUGGCAGGGAUGCUGCAAGCUGUGACUUCAACAAUUCUGCCAUGAUUGUUACCAGCAAUCCAGGUUAUGGUACUGGUUGCUAUUAUGCUUCUGCAUUACCACUACAAAUAUAG